AUCCUGCAUAUGGGAUUGACAAAUUGCCAGCCAAAUUUGACUCCGGCCUACUAUAUAAUAUCGAACAUGUUUUCUGUUCACUAGUGUACCUCAAUUCAAAAUGAUGAAUCCCAGAAAAUGGGUCUUCAUUUUACUGCUUCCAUUUAUUUUCUUCAGAUUUUGCACUUCCAUUGACACCAUAACACCAACCCAAACCAUCAAAGACGGCGAUGUUUUAGUGUCCAGCGGUGAAACCUUCGCACUCGGGUUUUUCAGUCCAGGAAAUUUCAGUCGCAGGUAUGUUGGAAUAUGGUAUAACAAAAUUACAGAGCAAACCGUUGUUUGGGUAGCCAAUAGGGACAGCCCAAUCAAUGGUACCACAGGAGUUCUAUACUUCAACCAGAAGGGAAACCUUGAAAUCUAUGACAAUACCCGAAAUCUUACCGUGUGGCACACAAAUAUAACUGUGGGCUCUUAUUCAGCUCGGCUCUUGGAUUCAGGGAACUUGGUGUUGUUCCAAGGAGAUAGUGGAAGUGGUGGUGUCGUUUGGCAAAGUUUUGAUCAUCCUACGAAUACCCUGUUGCCAAACAUGAAGCUUGGGCUGGACCGGAGGACCGGUCGCGAAUGGUUACUCACAACGUGGAAGUCGAGAGAUGACCCUGGUAUAGGAGAAUACUCCUAUCGGGUUGAACCGAGUGAGGUGCCCCAAUUAGUACUGUUCAAGGGCUCAACCCGAGUCUGGCGGAUACCCGCAUGGUUAGCACGGCAUUCAAGUGCUAAGCCUGAGGCCACGCCAAGUUUCAUAUUCAAUGGAACUUACGUUAACAAUCCCGAUGAAGUCUACUCGUUCUACACCCUGAUCAAUGAGUCGAACGUGGCGACAGUGUUCGUGGAUGAAUUGGGUUCUUUAAAACAGGUGACGUGGGUUGGCAAAUGGGUUGAGUUCUAUUCGGUCCCUAAAGACAUAUGCGAUGCUUACGGACGGUGUGGUGCGUAUGGUUAUUGCGACUCGAACAACGGGCGAGAGUUUCAGUGUACGUGCCUUCCCGGAUACGAGCCCAGGUCAACAGGGGAGUGGUAUUUGCGGGAUGCGUCGGGCGGGUGCAUCAAGAAGCGCGAAGAACUUUCUAUGUGUGGAAACGGAGAAGGAUUUGUGAAGGUUGCAUAUGCAAAGAUUCCAGAUACGUCCAAGGCACGUGCGCGGAUUGGCCUGAGCAUGCAUGAGUGCAAGGAGGAGUGCUUGAGAAACUGUUCUUGCUUGGCUUACACAAGUGAAGCAGAAGGAGGAGAGAGGGCGAACUGUUUCACUUGGCAUGAAAAUUUGAUGGAUGUGAGAAAGUUCACGAGAAGGUUUCCUAACGGGGGACUGGACUUGUAUGUACGGGUUGAUGCGGUUGAAUUAGCUCAACAUAAGGAAUCUAGAAGACUAAGCGGGAAGAUGGUGGCCGUCAUGGUAACAUCUGUUGUCUUGGCAUCAGUCCUAAUAAUCUCCUUAGUUUGUUGGUUGGUGAUGAAGAAGCGAAGAAGAGGGAAAGACAUACAAGAAAGUGAUGAUGAGAACGUAGAAUUGCCCAUCUUUGAUAUGGUCACCAUUGCAGGGGCAACUAACAACUUUUCUGAAACAAAUAAAAUUGGAGAAGGGGGCUUCGGCUCCGUUUACAAGGGGCAUCUAUCAACUGGAAAAAAUAUAGCUGUCAAGCGGCUUUCGACAGACUCCAAACAAGGUCUUAAGGAAUUCAAAAACGAGGUUAUUUUGAUCGCCAAACUUCAGCACCGUAAUCUAGUUAGGCUUUUGGGAUGUUGCAUCCGCGGAGAAGAAAGAAUGCUAGUUUACGAGUACAUGCCAAAUGGAAGCUUGGAUUCCUUCAUUUUUGUCGCAGAAAUAACACGAAGCAAAUUGCUCACAUGGAGUAGGCGGUUGGAUAUCAUUGUUGGGAUUGCUCGAGGGGUUCUUUAUCUUCAUCAAGAUUCGAGGUUGAGAGUCAUUCAUAGGGAUCUCAAAGCCAGCAAUGUGCUACUUGAUAGUGAGAUGAAUCCUAAAAUUUCAGAUUUUGGCUUGGCUAGGGCUUUUGGUGGUGAUCAGUCAUCGGCAAAAACAAAAAGGGUGGUCGGAACUUAUGGUUACAUGGCUCCCGAAUAUGCUUUUGAUGGCAUAUUUUCAACAAAAUCAGAUAUUUUUAGCUUUGGAGUUAUAGUUUUGGAGAUAAUUAGUGGCAAAAGGAACAGAAAAUUCCAUCAUGCAGACCAUGAUCUAAACCUUCUUGGACAUGCAUGGAAACUUUGGUUUGAUGGAAAGGCUUCUGAGUUAAUAGAUCCAUUGAUGGAAGGUUCAAUUUCAACGUCUAAGGUGUUGAGAUGCAUACAGAUUGGUCUCCUAUGCGUGCAGAAAUGCCCUGAAGACAGACCAGCUAUGUCAUCUGUAGUAUUAAUGUUGGUUUCAGAUACUAUAAUUUUAUCACAACCCAAGCAACCCGGAUUUUAUAUUGAUAGGAGUCCCGAAGAGAUGCAUGAACAUUCGCCGGCUCGAAGUUCUCCUAGCAUCAAUGAAGUGACCAUGACUCACCUAGAUGCGCGCUAAAAUAUUUUUGAUAUGGAGAAGGAUAACUUGGGAUGAAGUCGACAGAAUGCGUUCGAUCCAUUGGGAUUAGCCUUUAUUAUUUAGCCCCACUGUAUUACAUAAACCAAGCUAAUAUUUACUUAUUGUUUUGGCCUCCCUAAAAUGUUACCGGAUAAAAUUCCGACACCCAAAAUGCCCAGAAUUUUUGAAACCAAGCUUCACAAAAUGUUGCUGCCAACCGAAUGCCCAAGAUGAAAAUGUAGACGCCCCGCAUGGCAAUGUAGAAGCCCACAAGACUAAAUUUUCUGGGUCUGUUCCUGUUUACAAGUGUUGUUUCUUUUUCUUUUUUUCUGAAUAGAUCAUAAGAGGUACAGAAGUGUUGCUGACAAGUGUUGUUUCAAGAUUGGGAAAAGCUGUAAGCGUUGAAUUGUGAUAAACUAAAUGAGAGUAUUAGAAAGUCCUUUCCGUA